GUAGAGUGUACAUUUGUUAAGUGUAUUCUUACAAAUAUUUCUAAAUUCAAAUAUAAAACAUAAGUCAUUUUCACAAUUAAACACAGACAAAGAAAUACAUAAACUUUGAACUAGAGUAAAAUCAAAAAGGCAUAAUGGUAUUCAUCUGAAGAAAUCCAUAAGGAGCCUGGAUAUAGUGAAGAAGUGGAUCUGAGCUAGAAAAGACAGUGAACCACUAGUCACAAAAGACAAUUGAAAAUACCAGAAUCCGAGAAGCCGGACAACCAGCAAGAUGUUUCUAGAGGCAUUAGAGAUCCUAAAGACAACUAGUGAGGUUGAUAUGAGCUAUGUGACAGAUUUCUCUGCCCAUAGUGUGGUGUACAUGUUGACAGUUUACAUUCCUAUCAUAAUGGGGGCCUUUCUCUUCUCACAGGAACAUAUAGGUGACAAGAUCUCGUGUUUCCCGCCACCCGAGAUGUCAGAGGGGACCUGGCUUGCUGUCAAUUCUCACUGCUGGGUGAAGGGGUACUGGACCAGUAGAUCCCUUCAUAAUCUGACCAAUGUAGACCAACCACUAGAGCAAAUCCUAACCCAGCCACAACGCUUCUAUUCCAUCCUCCUGGGGGCACAGGCAAUGUUUUUCAUUCUUCCUUUAGUACUAUGGAACAGUCUCACAAAGUCUACAUUACUUGGGAUUCUUGAAGCGACAAAUCAUUUCCUUGAAGAUUUGGCCAAAGGAAUGAAAAGCAAGAAGAAAUGGGUGAAAAUCGAGAAGGAGUCUCACGAUAAGAUUUUACAGUUUCAUGAGAUCACUAUGGACAUGGCUCACAGUUCUAAAUUAGCGUUCAGUUUUUGUAUUCGGAUCGUUUUUGAACUGGUUUUGAUUGGUGUUUUUACAUUUAUUCAGUUCAUGGUUUAUGAUUACAACCCAGGGAAAAAGUUCUUCUGCUUGCUCCCUGAAGGUGUUCCCAGUGACAUCUAUUGUUCAGUUUCAAUGUUAGAUCUAUUAGACAAGGUCUGGAAUGCGAAUGUGAUUUGUCUCUUUAUAGCAGGUGGAGUUGACAUUGCUUACUUAAUCAUGGCAAUUUUGCGGAUCAAAAUGUCACAAUCAGAUUUGUUUCAGUCGCUUCCGUUUGAUGUUGGAAUUCCGCAGCGUUGGAAGGAAACUUGGCAAAGUUGCUGGACUAAGUUUUCUUACAAACUGUUGAUGCUGCUGUAUAAAGAGAAUAAUGCUAUCAUGACACAGCUGUAUGUCCUCAAGUCUAUGCCAAAACAACAGCUGUGGAAUGAUCACAAAGACUAUUAUAUAUCCCAAAACUAUUGACAUUUAAUGCCAUCUUUAUUCGGAAAAUACUAUGGAUUUACUUCAGACGGACCAAACACUAAUACUUUUAUAAAAAAAUUGUCUGAAUUGGACCAACUGAUAUAAAAACUUACAAAAAUUGCAUUGAACUGUUUUCAUAUUUAAAAUAAACAUCAAUGACUUUUACCUUCCAAAACAAGUCUCUUGUAGUUAUAUAUUAAUUAGAACAAUUAAAUAUACACUUAUUAAGAGGCAUGGGGGCAUGUGGUACCAGUCUAAAUGAGAUUAGACCUUUCACUAAGAGUUACAAGUUCAAAUAUCGAUCACUAAUCCAAAGAAUAUUAUCUUGAAAUUCAUUUUUGAUUAAAAUAAUGACCAACGAAUAUAUUUCAGAUAUCAAGUGUUAUUGGUAUUUUUCUAUAUGAGGUAUGGUGUUUGGGAUGGUCCCAGAUGACGCAAUUUGAAUAAAU